GCGUACCGCCCAAGAAAAACUCGACUAUGAAGCUGGUCAUCGUUUUGUUCGCCGUUGCGGUGGCAGUGAGCGCGCACCCGGGCGAUUGGGGCCAUAUCCCGAUCGCGCCCGUCGAGCAUCCAUGGAUACCUGCACAUCCGACUUACGUUAAGCAGGUCGUGCCAGUGCACCAGGCUCCCGUUCACCACCACGUGGUCCAGGUGGCCCCGCCCGCGCCAGUGCCGCCUCUGCACCCCCAGCCCCUGCACGUCAAGGUCCCCCACACCCAGUCGGUGAGGCUGCCCCUCCACCACCCCAAGGUUCCCCACCCUCAUCUCAUCGGCUACGAGGUCUACCACGAGCCCGAGAUCAAGGUGAAGCCCGUGCAACACCACCCCUGGUAGAUCCGCACCAGUGGCGAGGCGACCGCCCAGCCACCCCCGGGACCCACGACCAGGCGACCGACCAACCACCGGCAGACGUACUUCUCUCUACCCCUCCCGACCCCCAUUCGGACCACGUGUAUUCUUCCUGUGCGGCAUGUGAUAUCGAAGAAGACACCACGACACCUUGAGCCCCUAAACCCUGUAUAUUUCUCUCUUCUUUAAUGCGUAUACCCCCAACCCCCAACCACCGAUACCCGGACCACUUUUAAUUUAUUUUCUAAUAAAACUCGAUUUUUUAUCGUCUCGCGAUAGUAA